AUGGAGGCUCACUCUACGCUUGGGAUUGCCAUGAACUGUCUCGGCGGCAAUUCGAACACGGGUGAAGGAGGUGAGGAUGCAGAGCGGUCGCUUGUCUUGCUGAAUGGUGACACUAUGCGCUCUGCGAUCAAGCAAGUCAUGUUUGGCCGCUUCGGUGUCACCUCGAAUUACCUUGCCGAUGCCUAUGAACUGCAGAUCAAGAUGCUCCCGGGACAUAAGGUCUCUGGUCCCAUUGCUCGCACUCGUCAUUCUACUGCGGACGUCGGUCUCAUCUCGCCACCACCUCACCACAAGCUGGUGUCUGAGGUUGGUGUUGGUAUUGUUGCCAGCCGUGUUGUGAAGGCGAAGGCAGAUCACAUCCUUAUCUCCGGCCUGCUUGGUUUGGCCAAGACUCAUCAGACCCUGGUGCUUAAUGAUCUGCGUGGACGCGUCACUCUCCAGACCGACGGACAGAUUCGUACUGGUCAUGAUAUCGCGAUUGCGUGUCUAUUGGGUGUGGAGGAGUGGGGUUUUGCUAUGACACCUCUGAUCACGAUGAUAUGUAUUAUGAUGAGGAAGUGUCAUUUGAACACUUGUCCUGUCAGAAUCGCAACACAGGAUCCCCAGCUGCGCACCAAUCAUCACUUCUUCUACUACAUUGCUGAAGAUUUACACACGCACAUGGCGAAGCUCGGUUUCCGUACCAUCAAUGAGAUGGUUGGCAGGGCUGGUAUACUUUGGGUGAACGAGAAGCUUCACACGCCGAUGACUGCGCACCUUGACCUAUCCGCGGUCUUGAAGCCUGCCUGGCGGAUGCGCCGCGGCGCCGCGACCUAUCGUGUCCAUCCUGAAGACCACAAGUUGUAUAUCCUUCUCGACAACAAGUUUAUUGAUGAAUCUGAGCCUGCGCUUACCAAGGCUCUUCCAGUGCACGUCCACUGUACAUCCCUUUCUUACCGCAUUUCGAAAUUAUAUGGCAAGGAAGGCCUUCCGAAGGACACCAUCCACAUCAGUAUGCGCGGUUCCGCUGGUCAGUCCCUCGGAGCAUACUUGGUGCCCGUUAUCACAAUCGAGUUGGAGGGAGAUGAUCUUUCUGUGACCUACCAAAUGUUGCAAAGUGCUAGCUCAACUGUCUUGCUCAGUAUACCACGGUGCACGGAUGUGGCGUCAUUUCGUCAGAAACCUGGAAAUCCUGCCAUGUGCUUCUGGGAUAAGGUGAGAUGGUCCAAACAUCAAAACGACGCAUACAGUCUGUGA